GCUAUCCAUUGUCUUUCUAGCCUCAGUUUCAAGUGAACAUCUAUUUUACUCACAACACCUCACAAUGAAGGUCUUUGCAGUACUUUUGUGCACCUUUGUAGUGGCUUUUGGCGCGACCGUAGAACAUCCAAAAGAAGAAGAGCAUCAUUUGGAAAAUUUCGAAAACACACUUUUAAAUAAUCUUGGUGAAUAUCUGGGACUACAAAUUAAAAUGAUUAAGGGAGUUCAGAAGAUACAGCAAUUAUUGGGUAAUGUAGAGAAACUCUUGGAAGAGGGAUUAACUGACAAUAACAUUCAUACUGAAGAUGUUGGUGCGACCAUUCCUGGAGAAAAAGAUGAAGAUCCUAUUGUGUCUUUGGAAAAUGACAUCAAGGUAACACUUUUGGAUUAUCUUGGUGCAUAUCAAGAACUACAAACUAGGUUGAAUACGGGAAUUGAGAAGAUACAACUAGCAUUGGGUAAUGUGGAGACGAUCUUGAAAAAUUUCUUUACUUACGACCUCCAUGCUGAAUCCGAAUUGGAGACGUUAACUAAGCCUAAUAAAGCUAAGGAUUCAGCUAAACAACAAAAAAAUGGGGAAAAAAAAUCACCCAUUGCCUAGGGAAUGUCAACAUGUUUGAUAAUCUUGCAGACCGAGCUGCAAGUGGACGUCAAUAUAUAUAAUCAUACUUCUUCAAAACUGAUUUGGCAAUGAUGAAUAUAUUUAUAUUGUGUAUAUUUUUAUAUAAUUGUAUAGCAAUCAUUUAACCUAAUAAAUUUAAUAAUAAUGAGUA